AUGAAGUUUGGCUCUCAGUUAAAAGAAACAAUCUACCCCGAGUGGCAGGCAGCCUAUCUCGACUAUGACGGUCUCAAAAAGAAGCUCAGAAAGGCUGAAAAAGACAGACCAUUCACAGAAAAAGACGAAACUGAAUUCGUAGAGAUGCUCGACAGUAAUCUCGAAAAGGUCUAUGCUUUCCACAAGGAAAAGAUGGAAGAAAUCAGAAGAAACACAGAUGAGGCUGUAGAAACUGCCGCAUCACAGAUCCCUAGUCACGACUCUGUUGAAGAAAUGGGUCGCAUCCAAGGUCAUAUCAAUGAAAUUGCUGAUGAUAUCAACCGUCUCUCGCGCUUCUCUCGUCUUAAUUACACCGGUUUCCUCAAAAUUGUCAAGAAGCAUGAUCGCCACACAAACUAUGUCCUCAGACCCAUGUUUAUGGUCCGACUGAACCAAUGCCCUUUCUGGAACGAAGAUAAUGACGCUCUUCUCAUCAAAUUAUCAGAGCUAUUCAGCAAGAUCAGAGAUGGUGGUAGAACAAUGUCCUUCCAGCCUGCAAGUGAACUCAGAGACGCUAUGGAAGUCAGAGUAGAUGGACGCAGGACGGUCGUAAAGCGUUUCUUUGUCCAGAGCGAAAAUGUGCUCGAACUCAAAACUUACAUUCUUCGACACCUGCCUGUCUUGGUCUACCGAGACGCUAGUAAGCAGCAGGCCAACAUUGAUCCCCCAAUCUCCUCACUUUACUUUGAUGAUGCCGACUUUGAUUCUUACAACUCCCGCGUCGAGACGGCGCUUGGAUCUCAAAUCAUUCGCCUCAGAUGGUACGGAAGUGCAAAAGGAAAUAGCUCAAUUGCAUUCGAGCGAAGAACUUUGGCAGAAGAAAACCGGGGUGAGCUCAAGGAUCGGUUUGUAAUCAAGGAUAAGUACAUUGCUGGCUUCCUCAAGGGUGAGCAGAUAUUUAUCGAAAAGACAGCCAAGAAGAUGCGCAAGAUGGCAGGAAAGUCAGAAGAAGAAGUCCAGAAAUUCGAACAACUUGUUCAUCAGGUUCAGGAUACAGUAAUGUCUCAGCAAAUGCAACCAGUUUUGCGUACCUUUUAUAAGAGAACUGCUUUCCAGAUCCCCGGUGACAACAGUGUUCGUAUGGCUCUAGACACAGACCUGUGCUUCAUUCGCGAAGACUCUAAUAUGUUCCCCAAUGACAAUGUUGUCCGUCGCGGAGAGAAUGACUGGAGACGUCCUGAUGUCGAUACCAAUUUCCCCUUCCAGAAACUAAAGGAUGGUGAAAUUAGCAGAGCACCAUUUGCAACCUUUGAAAUUAAGCUUGACUUGGGUAAUAAUGAGAAGGAGCCUGAUUGGGUUACCGAACUUCAGGACAUUGGCAUCCUAGAAGAAGCUUUCGAGUUUAGCAAAUUUGUCCAUGGUAUUGCCGUCAUUUUUGACAGCCGUGUCUCUCUUUUACCUUACUGGUUGGCCCAGAUUGAUGACGAUGAUACCAAGCAACUUCCAGUAUUGCCUUCUCAAUCCCCAUCGGUAGUUAAGGGAUCUCACUCUCAUAAGGAAGUACGAGUACACAUGGAAUAUCCUGAGCCCAGUGAGCGUACUUCUCUGCUUCGUAAUAACCAGCCCUCAAGCUCAGUUCCCAAAAAAGUCAUUACUCCUCUUCGUGUGGAGCCAAAGGUGUUCUUUGCCAAUGAGAGAACGUAUUUCUCUUGGAUGUCAUUCGGAACACUUCUUUCCACAUUCUCAAUUGCUCUCUUCAAUGCAGGCGACACUGUUGGCAAAGUCAGUGGCAUUGUCUACACCCUCGUAUCACUUUCAACAUUGAUUUACGGAAUGGGACUCUACUACCGACGCAGAGAACUCAUUCGAGCAAGAGCAGCUGGGCCUUAUGAUGAUGUUAUGGGCCCUACUGUGAUUUGCUUUGCCCUUUUAUUUGCCGUCGGAUUAAAUGCAUACCUUAAAUUUACCGUUAAAGGCCCCUCUUUGUUUUACCUUUAAGACCAAAACAUACUCAUUUACCCACCUAUUAUUCUUAUAUUAAGCUCUCUACACUCUUUUUUUCUCUUCUUUAUUUCUUAUUAAUCAUAUAUAGGUAUGUGUUUGCUACCAAAAAUUUCCAGUAAAAAUAUUAUUUACAUACAUU